AUGAGUCCGAUGCGAUGCCUUAUACUAUUCGCCUGCGCCGUUGUGGUAGUGUGGCCAGGACGAGCAAGGGCCCAAUCAAACUACGCCUCGCAAGCUAACAGCAUCGAGUACCAGGGCGAAGGUCUACCGGAAGAAGCAACCCUCGAUGGCAAGGUGACAAAACUGGACGACCUAAGCCCGAUAAUCUUCCUCAAUCGAACGAAAGCGGCCCUCAACUGUGCCGCCGGCUUCAUGCAAGUGGAGCUGAAGUUCAACGAACCGUUCUACGGUAAGGCUUAUGCCGACUACGACCGCAACAGUGCCUGCCAAACGAGUGGAAAGGGUGAUCUAAGCUACCGGAUCGAUCUACCCUUGAAAGGAUGUGGCACGAAACAGGGCCCUCAGCGGGUUUUCACAAACAACAUCGUGGUGAGGUUCCAUCCAGGACUCGAGAUGGAUGGAGAUGAGAUCAUCACGAUCGUGUGUCGGUACCCGCCACCAGUCGCCCCUAUCCCGGCAGGUCUACCGGCUCCGAUCAUCAACGAGGCAGCCAUCAUCGAGCCACCACUAAAGGGCAUUCAGAUCCUGUUCAUCAUCUGCGCAAUCAUGUUCCUGACGCUUCUUCUGCUCGGUUUGGGUGUUUCGUACUACUGCUUGCGUCGUCGACCCAUCCCGAUUGUGCGCCGUGUCGUACACGUUGGUAGUGGGUCAGAGAUCACGGCUCUGGAGAGCGGCAGUAUAGGAAGCGUGUCAGGCUUCAAAUUGGCUCGCCCUGUGGUGGCGAUGGUGCCACCCCCAAUACAGAGCUCAUCCGGUAGCGAGGGUGCGCUCAUCCCUUCGGACUACCCUAGCGAGUCGCAGUCAGAGAACGAAGAAGCCGAAACAGGCUCGUUGCCGGUGAGCUCACGUGGCAGUAGUAGCGCUUACGAAAAUGGUGCUUUCGUACAUGACGGACUCAGUUUGGCCUCGGCUGAGCAUCAUCUGCAACACCUGCAGGUGGCUCUAGCACCACCCUCACCCAAGUUUGACAUUCAGGUGCGUGUGAAACGAUCACCUCCACCACCGGCUUCACCACCUUCCAGCCACUCGGCCACCAGCCGGUGUUCGGACAGCGACAGUAGCAGCAGUAGUACGCUGGUCAGCCAUGGUGGAGAUCGCAACAACUUGUCCACGAUCCUGGAGACGCAGGAAGAUCGCGAAAGUGUGAUGACCACGGAAUCCCUUGGUGCUGAAGCGGCUCGGUCUCACUUUACGUACGUCCCAGAGUUGCACACCGUACCGGCUCAUCUCGACUAUCCACCGAGUCCACCGCAACGUCAUCGUGCGCAUCAACACCACACCACCACGGUCUCGAGCACGGCCACAAGCCACCUUCAACGGAGCUGGCUAGAGGCACCGGACGGACCAGGUCGCACGCACGACACACACUCGCUGACCGAGCUGGUCGAUGCGUCGCACCGGUACACCGGCACGGAGGACGCACUUCAGCAGCUACCCGAGCCGCCGAUCGCGGUCUACAAAAAGCCUGAACUCAAGUCUCACGUUGUAGAUGAUCUGUUCCUUACGACCGUCACCGAACGCACCACGAUCGAGGAUGUCGAGCGUCACCGGCGGCUUGUGACGGAGUACAAGCCACGUCCGUUGCAGGCACCAAUGCCUCCGACACCGCCACCGGCACCGACACCACCGGUGCCACCCCUCGACCCAACCUGGGACGUGACGAUUCGGAACUGUGGUCAACAGGCGCGCCAGUGGGAGGACUUCUCGGAUGUCUCGAGUGCGUCAGGAGCACCAUCGGUGGCGUCGGUUGGAAAUAUGCCAGUACCGUCGUCGACCUAUCUGCCGAGUGCGUACGCUGCUGAUGAGUUGCGUAGUCCUGAGCUUGUUGGCAACAUGAAACCGGUUGAGUUGCCGCCUGAGGAUCGAUCCGUUUCGAACUGGGAUGUGUUGAUUCGCGUGUUGCAGGAAGUCGACAUGCCGGAUACGUCGAUCUCGACGGCGGCCUUACACACCGAUUUGCAUCGAUAUCCGCUGCAGCGACAGCUCAGCUACGAUGAUAAGCUCAAAUGGCGAGAGAUCAUCACCACCGAGUCGACACUUCGCACGAUGUUGGCUGAGGCGACUGUACGGGAAGACUUCGAGCGCAUCCGGUCGGAUGCACGUUACGAGAACCUGUUUGAGCCGCGCUCGUGGGACGUCAUCAUCCGUAUCCUUGCACCACCGGAAGACGUCGAGUUGCGUCAAUCCAAACGAAGCAAGAAGCGUGAAACGUGGGAUACGCGCUCACGUCGCAGCUCACUACCGACAUUGUACGAGUACGAUAGUGAUGGUGAUUCGUCCGUGCGUACGAUCACGCAGGAACCACAGCUGGUGGUGGCGACGUCACUUGGAUAUGGGGCACCUCCACCACACGGUGGUUCCGUGGCCAGUGGGUCACGAUCACGGCGCACCUCGCGUUCAUCGUACAACUCCAACAACAUCGACCUGCGCUCUAUGUCGGAGGUGAUUGUCGACUUUGGUCGAUUGGCUAGUGGACCGACGCGUGCUGGUAGUGGUGGAGACCCGUCUGAGGAGGGUAGCUCUUACAUCGUCGCACAUGGCAAGGCUUACUUCGAUGAUGAUGACGAUGAGGAUGAUGAGGAAGCUCGCUAUGAUCAGCAUUCGCUGCAGCGAUCGUUGAGUCACCCGAGCCUGGCGAGAUCCGCGAGCGAAUUUACCGAACGUUGGGUAAUUCCUGAGGAUCACCUAGACCUGCGGCAUGACACCGAGAUGAACCAAUCGUCGGUGUAUGGCUCGGGCACGCUGGAUGUCGACUCGCGUACGACUUACAUCAAGCAGAGCCGCACGACGAUGAGCCGCGAGCGACGCGACAACUGGUAGGGCUCCGCACCCUCACACCAGUAUCUCACGUGCCAAGCCCUUCCCGGUCCUGCCUCCUCCCGACCGACCGCCAACCCCCACAACUGCCCACUAACGCUAACACACCUCGAGGAUUGCCACCGCGAUGGAUGGUCGGGUCGGGAUUUGGGUGGGACGGGUUCCGGGUACCGAAGGAAGGGAACCUGUUGGGGAGAGCGUGAAUCUAUUUUUUUUUCGUUCGUUUUAAACGGUCACCCCACGGACCGACACUAGGUUUAAGUGGCAAUUUUACUCGAUCCAGCCAAUAACACUGCUAACGGAGUACGCCGGCGAGCGGACUAAUAUUGUAGGUUAAUUUUAAACGACGUGCGCUCGAACCGAAACGUGCACCCAGGCGGGAUCCUGGCGGGAUGGCGGACCGGUUGGAUGGAGCGUUGUGAUACACCCGGCCGCAGGACACCCAGUUCGGCCUGCUUUGCUCCUCGUCGGUUCGAUGCCUAAAGAUAGGAAGGCGAAACUGAAACCAGCGUACAUUUGGUACAAUCGUAAGGGUGGUGGGAUAUUGGGGAUUGAUUUUAUGCUUUUACUCGAACUACCGCGCUAGGAUAAGGCUCGAACAAGCGACUUCACACGUGCACACAGCGCACACCUACGAACAGACACACAGAGAACACACGAACAGACCGUACACACUCAACCACACCCAAUAAACUAACCGA